AUGAGGAAGCUCAGUUCAGUUCUGCUUGCCGCUGCCGUGCUGGGGGCCGCCCGCGGAGUGGAGAGCGGCGACUCGAAUGCAGAAGGGUCGGCCGCCCCCGCCAACUGCCUUGCCGACUUCAAUGCGGCUCGAGAACGAGCAGGCCUCGAAGCCUUCACUGAGGAGGAGGAGGAAGGGAAGAAGGUGCCAACAGCAAAGGAGGAGAUUGCAAAGAUUUGCUCCGCCAUACAGGAGGCAAGCGGCCUGCAUUCGCUCUACCGUCGCCGUACAGGUGCAGCAUUUAACAUUACGGGGGCAACUGUAGAGCGUGACGGCACCUACGCAGAUUGUGCGUUGUCCGGAAACGUUAAGUCCAAACUCGGUUCGGGUCCAACGUAUUUCAACGUUUUCGUGAUCAAAGAACUGCGUCGCCCCUUUCCGGACGCGCCCCUGGCCUCUGCAGGCGUCGCGGGGCGCCAUCCUCUGGCCCCCGCCGACUGCCUUGCCGACUUCAAUGCCGCUCGAGAACGAGCAGGCCUCGAAGCCUUCAUUGCAGAGACGGACGCAACGAAGAAACUGCCAACCGGGGAAGAAGAGCAUAUCGCAGCUAUUUGCUCUGUCAUAGGCGAGGCAAGCGGCCCGCACUUUUCACAGACUGUCCCUCUGUGCUUGGCUGCAUAUAUGCGUUUAUGUUCGGCACAUAAUGGAAAAGCAUCUGAUAUUACCGGGGCAGGUGUCAAGCGCGAAGGCACCUAUGCCUACGCGCCAGAAACAGGCCCUGCCGAUGGCUGCUCUGCAGCCGUCUCCUAUUGGAAAAAAGCCUAUGUAAACUUUGGGGAACUCCCGCCCGAAUACAACGGCGACACGGAUGUGUAUGCAGAGAGCCGGAAUCGCUCGCUCGUGGCCCUGUACAACCCCAACAAGGGCGCCACAGUCGACUGUGCCUACAUCACUUGUCCAGUCUCCACCACGACCACCACUACCGUUGCUACCUCUGCGGGAUCAACUGAUAAGGUGGAAGAAGAUGGUGAAGACGAGAAAGAAGAGAUCGUUAAAGGAGUAAGCGGCGAACGAGAAACUGGGGGCCCAGCGAGCUCCGGAGAGCAGCCAAAGAUCUGCGGGAUCAACUGA